GUUGAACGGAAGGACACAUCAGAGAGUGGAAUGCAUCAUGGCGAUGGUGUCGUCCCUGGAUCCAGACCUUGUACGGGAGGUGCUGGAAUGUCCCAUCUGCUUGGAGACGUUUAACCAGGACCAGCUCAGACCCAAACUGCUGCAGUGUGGCCACACGGUCUGUCGACAGUGUCUGGAGAAGCUCUUGGCCACCACUAUCAAUGGUGUACGCUGUCCCUUCUGCAGCAAGGUCUCCCGUAUGAGCAGCAUCUCACAGCUCGCCGACAACCUCACCGUGCUAAAGAUCAUCGACUGUGCCAGCUCUUGUAGCUCUGCUAUGGGUCUCAUGUGCAAGUCCUGUAAGAACCGCCUGCCCCGUCAGUACUGUUGUGACUGUGGGGUGGUGCUGUGUGAUCCAUGUAAGGGGGAGGGUCACCAGCACCAAGGUCACACAGUCCAGACCAUCCGCUUGGCCGCAGAGCAGCGCAGGAAAGAUCUGGGAGCAAAGCUGGCCAGCCUAAGAGAGACCAUGGGAAACAUUCAGAAGAAAAAGUCCGCCAUUGACAAUGUGUCUAAAUCUCUGAGACUCAAGUACAAGGCUGUACAGCAGGAGUAUGCCAGGGCGGAGCUGCAGCUCCAGGAGGAGCUGAGCCGCUCCCGGCGGGCAUUCGCUGCCUCCAUGGCCGAAGUGGAGAAGCUUAACGCCCAGAUCCUCGAGGAGCAGACCUACCUACUGAACAUCGCCGAGGUCCAGGUCGUGUCCCGUUGCGACUACCUGACCAUGCGGAUCAAACAGACUGACACUGCCCUUUUGGAGGGCGGGGGCAGCAAUGACGAGGAAGACCUGGACUUGAAAAGCAGCCUGCCAGUUCUGUUGAAGCUGCAGGAUCCAGAGCUGAUUAAGACCGAGCAUAACAAACCUAUAGACAUAGGGGAACUGACAACCAAACCCGUGUCUGUUAACAUGGAUGAGGAGGACGGGCACGGACUGGCGGCCGCCUCGGCUCCUUUGGACCUGUACCGCGACAUAGACAUGAUAACGGCCGUGGAGGAAGCCGUGUGCGCUUCGCCUGGUAGCUUCAAGUCCAAGUCUGUGGAUGGAGGUGGUCCGUCUCCAGGGGCGACGGGGUCGACGUCAGGGGGACAGAUCUGUCAGUUUGUUAAGAAGAUGGGCUGCAAGGGGAACCUUCCAGGGAUGUUUAACCUGCCUGUGAGCAUUUGUGUCACGCCGCAGGGAGAGGUGCUGGUCGCAGACCGAGGCAACUACCGCAUUCAGAUCUUCAACCGCAAGGGCUUCCAGAAAGAGAUCCGACGCAACCCCAGUAGCAUCGACAACUUCGUGCUCAGCUUUCUCGGGGCGGACCUGCCCAAUCUCAUCCCCCUCUCCAUCGCCAUUACGCCACAGGGCCUCAUCGGAGUCACAGACAACUACGACAACUCCGUCAAGGUUUACACCCCUGAGGGUCACUGCAUUGCCUGCCACAAGAACCAGCUCAUCAAGCCCUGGGGCAUCGCUGCUAUGCCCUCAGGGCAGUUUGUUGUGUCGGACGUAGAAGGAGGGAAGCUCUGGUGCCUGGCUGUCGACCGGAACGUGGGUGUGGUCAACUACAACCGACUGUGUUCGGCCGUCAGGCCCAAGUUUGUGACUUGCGACUCCUCAGGGACCGUGUACUUCACGCAGGGUUUGGGACUCAACAUUGAGAACAGGCACAAUGAGCAUCACCUGGAGGGAGGGUUCUCCAUCGGCUCUGUGGGCAUGGACGGCCAGCUGGGCAAACAGCUCAGCCACUUCUUCUCUGAGACGGAGGACUUCCGCUGCAUCACGGGCAUGUGCGUGGACGCCAACGGGGAUCUUUUGGUGACGGACAGUGGCCGAAAAGAGAUCUUGCAGUUCCCCAAGGAGGGUGGCUUCAACAUUUUGAUUCAGGAGGGUUUGACAUGCCCUGUAGGGGUAGCAGUCACCCAGAAAGGACAGCUAUUGGUCUUGGAUUGCUGGGACCACUGUGUGAAGGUAUACACAUAUUUGCAAAGACGCCGUUCCUCCACCAGUUAGGCUCAGUUCUUUCCCCCCGGAGUGGUGGUGGAUGGUGUUUGUAGCUCUGAAUUUCUGUCUUGUCACUUUAAUCCAAUAACUGUGUUCAAAAAUGCUCUUGCUUCUCAGUGAUUUCUGAACUGUGGCAAAGCUGGGUCAGACUCAGCGACCCGGUUCUGGCUACUAAGCUCUGACCCAUCAGGGACUCUGCCAGGGAGCAAAUUUCGGGAACGUUAAACACGUGUUUACUGUUUUGAUUGCUGCUCUUGGAACACAGCACAACUGAUGGCAAUAAGUAGUGUGUUUGUCAUUGUCUCUGCAUCAGUUGUGUUUUUGAAUCAUGUGCUGUAUAUGCAUCAAGGACUUUCCAUAUAAAAAAAGAAAAACAUAACAGAUUGAACUGCCUACUUAUGAGGAGGUUGUGAACUCUGCAUCGGAGGAGUGGUUUUAGACAGAUUUCAUGAACUUCUGACCUGCUGAAGCUCACACAUAAGUAAAAUGUGAUAUUCAUGCACAUCCCAAGCCCACACAUGUAAUGAUUUUUUUUUUUUUUGGUUCAGUGCUGAAGUUCAUACCAAUGUGUUGGAUAACCAGUAAGCCUCCUCACUUGUGAGUCAUGGCUAGUUUUUCAGUAAAGAGCAGAUAAAACUCCUGCUCACAGACACUACAAGAUAUUCUUAAGUUGCAGUGGACACAUAACA